AUGGGCGAUGUACAGAAGGGGCUGCUCUCCGUCAUCCAGAGGCUGAAGGGUUCCGUGGAGCAGGAGCUCCGCAUCAUCCUGCUGGGGCUGGACAACGCAGGGAAGACCACACUGCUGAAACGCCUGGCGUCUGAGGAGGUCAGCACCAUCACACCCACCCAGGGCUUCAACGUAAAGAGUGUCCACUCGCAUGGCUUCAAGCUCAAUGUCUGGGAUAUUGGGGGGCAGCGCUCCAUUCGCUCAUACUGGAGAAAGUAUUUGGGCAGCACCGACCUGCUGAUUUAUGUCAUUGACAGUGCAGACCAGAAGCGUUUCGAGGAGACCGGGCAGGAGCUGGCAGAGCUCACUGAGGAAGAGUCUCUCACAGGGGUCCCGCUGCUGGUGUUUGCCAACAAGCAGGACCUAGUGACUGCAGCCCCUGCAGCCGAAAUUGCGGAAGGACUGAGACUCCACACCUACCGAGACCGGGAAUGGCAGAUCCAGGCCUGCUCAGCCUUGUCUGGGGAAGGAGUGCAGGAUGGGAUGAACUGGAUUUCCAGCCAGAUCAUGAACAGGAAGAAGUGAGAGAUGCAAAGUGCCAGACUGGUCUGAGCUGCAGGACCCUAAGCCAUGGCCAACCCCCCUGAUCCCUAGACUCCUCCAAGGGCUCGGCUGGGCCCUGAGCCUCAGACUGCUGUGCCUAGAUAUGCUUCGUACCCAGCCUUUCCCUAAUCGGUUGGCUUCCCCUCUCCCUGCUUCCUGGGCUUACAUGGGCUCCUUUACCCCCCAACCCUCCUGCAGCCCCAGUGCUGUUGGAGGGAAGCACACAUCCCAUUGUGUCAAGGGCUUGCACACCUCCAAAACAAAGAACUGGCUCCAGACUUGUCCACCCACACUGCUGGCACAUGCUAUGGAGGCUGCUGCACCACGCACACUGCCCAGGGCAUGCUGGACACCCCACCAUGGCACUGGCUACACCCUGACAUGGCACAUACAGCCGAAUGGUGUGGAUUCCCCUCCACUCCCAUAGGAUGUGACUGGUGCUGCCCCAUCCAUGGCAGCUGGCUCGGGAAGGGCUCGGUUCAGUAUCUUUUGCUUUCCAGAGGAGCCCCCACGUGUGCACAGGACCUGGGACAAUUGCAAAGACACAAAAAGGACCUGGCCACACAGUCACCAGUGGAGAGGUUUCAUUGCCUGGUGACAGCCACGGUUGCAGCCACGCUGCACAUGCCACCGAGAGGGACCACUCCGCACAAGCCCCAGGGAAGCGCACUGCCCUAAACACACCCAAGCUGCGGCUUCUGUUGCCCUGCUGAAGAUGUCCAUUCUGUGGGUGGAAGGUGCAGCUCCCUGGCCACUGCAGCCACCAUGGCUGAGCGCCUGCACCACUGGGGGCAGAUGGGAGACAAGCAGCCAGGAGCCUACUGCUU